AUGCACCCCUCCAUCUCCACACGCAUUGUCACCACCUCGUCUCUCUCCUUCCACAUACUCGAAGCCGGAUAUUCACCUGCUCGCGACCGUCCCCUGAUCCUCCUCCUUCAUGGAUUCCCGGAACUGGCCUAUUCCUGGCGCAAGGUGAUCCCUCCCCUGGCGCAAGCAGGCUACUACGUGGUGGCUCCCGAUCAGCGGGGUUUCGGUCGCACCACGGGCUGGGACACAAGGGGGUUCGACGAGGUGGAUCUGAACACGUUCUCGUUGACUUCGUUUGUACGGGACAUGGUGGUGCUGGUGCAUGCGUUGGGAUAUCGGUCGGUUCGGUGUCUGGUCGGACACGAUGCCGGCGCCGUGACAGCCGCGAUGUGUGUCUUGGUACGGCCCGAUCUCUUCCACAGUUUGGUGUUGCUCAGUCAUCCAUUUAACGGGACACCGUCGGUGCCGUUUAACACGGCCAAUGAUUCUGAUUCAACCUCGACGACUGGAGGAGGAGGGAUGGAGGUCGCUGCCGGGGAUGUCCAUGCGGAAUUGGCCUCGUUGGGCCGGAAACACUACAAAUGGUAUUAUUCCACGGCGCCGGCGAACCAGGAAAUGACGAAUCCUCCGAAUGGACUGCACAAGUUCCUGCGGGGUUAUUUCCAUCUCAAGAGCGGUUCGUGGUCCGGGAACAAGACGUAUCCGUUGGGGGGAUGGACGGCGUCCAACCUAGCCCAGUUGCCCUACUACUAUGUCAUGCCGCUGAAGGACACGAUGCCCCAGGCUGUGGCGCGUCUCAUGGCGGAGGAGUCGGAAGCCGGAGAACAUGCCUCGCAUGUCUGGUUGCCUGACGAGGAUCUAGCGGUCUAUGUGGCUGAGUACGCUCGUACGGGAUUCCAGGGUGGUUUGAACUGGUAUCGAGUGCGCACCGCGGCCGGAGGGAAGUAUACCAAGGACUACGAGAUGUUCGCGGGGAAGAAGAUCGAGGUGCCGUGUUCGUUCAUCUCCGGAAAAUCGGACUGGGGGAUCUAUCAGGAACCAGGGGCGUUGGAGAAGAUGGCGAAUGGCACCGUCUGCAGUGAUUUUCGGACCAUGAAAUUAGUUGAUGGCGUGGGUCAUUGGGCGCCCCUGGAGUGUCCGGACGAAGUGGUCUGGGUUGUUCUGGAGUUGGCAGGCAGUUUGCAGGAUUAA